AUGCCACCGAAAAGAAAGAAACAGAAACUUCCCCUUAAGGUAUUCUUAACCGAUAAUUACUCAAGGUUUGCAAGUAAAUUUCCGUUUCUUAAAGAACGACAGAUCAAAGCAAAAUUGCAUCAAGCAUGGAGAAAGCAAUGUCAAACUUUAGAAAGCAGAGAAGCUGAUACUCCGAAAAUAGAAAAGCGUCGAAUUGAAACAAUUUCUUUGCUAAGUGAAGGUAAGGCUAAUUUUAAGCCAAUCAAUUUCUUUCCUUGCAAUAUUACAUUACGAUCAGGCUAAACGUUAAGUUUAAUUAUACAAGCUUACAACAAGUCUGCAAUGUCAUUUGCUAAAAUGGAAGAUCUCUACAUGCAAAUUCGACAUCUUAAAAUUCAGACUUGGCACUGAGGCUUGGGGGAAUAAAACCAAAGAAAAGCUGAUCCUCAAGAUGAUUUCUUGUGUUUUAUUCCCCCAAGCCUUGGUGCCAAGUCCGAAUUAUUGGUCUAUUAUUCACAACUCAGUUUAGUUAAAACUGUUGUCAACCACUUGCUUUUUUGUCAUAAUAUCUUAGCCUUACAUAUGCCUUAAUUCUCAUCUCAAAAAGUGGGAGAGGUUAAGAGGGGUUUCGAAGAGAGAAAGCAGUGGAGGGGACGGGAAUUUUUUUAACAUGUAAGACUGUAAAUAAGCACCACCUAUAAAAUUGAGUCCAUGCCAGUGACUAUAAUCCUCCACAUUUUUAAACUGAUCUAGACUCUUAUCUCCAAUGGGCAAUUAGCAAAACAUCUCUCUUUGUGAUGUUAGUACAUAAUAAAGCAAACAGUCAUACUCUAACCAAACCACCCUCUGCCAAAAAGGGUCUAGCCCUUCCAGCUCCCAUCAUUCAGGAAAGAAGGUUGGGGGUGGAUGGGGGAGUGGUUGCGAAGCUGAACUUCCAGGCACUUUUCUUAAAAUUUCAUUUGCUGAAUCUCUGAUCCAUCCAGACUUCUUUCAAAUGGCCAUGAUCGAUGGCAAACAUUGUAGCUGCAAUUGACCAUGACAGGUCUGGAGAAAAGUACACAGAAAUGCAGCCAGAAUAUAAACAUGGGACACGAUGAUUUUCUAGACAACCUGAGUGCAAAUGGUUAUUUUAUCCACACACUAACAAAAUCUUGCUAUGUAAUGUUAAAUAUUUUUAACAACUUUUUGCUCAAAUUUGUCAUAACUUAGAUGAGAAUGAUAGGCAAGACCAACUGGAUAAAAAAUGCCAAUCACCACUAAGAACAUAUUCAGAGUAUAAAUGCCACAAAAGAAAAGCACAGGGACUCCAAACGACAUGCACAUCCAAUAAGUCGCAAUCAAGCCAGUGUUCAACUACUUGUUCUGCUAAAAAUGUAGAUACCAUGGAAGAGCCAAAAGAAAGUUUCCCAAGUCAAAAAAGAAGAGCAACAGAACUUCAAGAUUUAUUUGAUCUGAUACAUGCAGAACAACUUUUAAUUGAGCCAGCAGAAAAGUACCAAGAAGAAAAAGACCAGAAG